AAAAAUGUGGUUGAAUUUUGGCGCGUACUCUCUGCGGAGAGGAGGAGCCGGUCUAGAUAUGCAGCCAAGUGUUUGCGAAUAUAAACGAGCACUUCGAUUCCACCGGUGAGAUGAGCGGCGAUGGUGGGACUGUUGAUAUAAGUGUGGUGUCGUGACAGUAGUGAAAUUGUAUCUAAAGAAAUCUAAUUUUACGCUAUUUGGUCAUCGGCAUUCUGUGACAGUGUUAACAUAAAGCUUGCCUAGAUCCUUUUUUUGGCUCGGAUCGAAGGUAAAAUGCCGCCAUCAAUUCAACCUUCGCCGCAGAGUAGAGGUGCACCCACUCGACGUCCUCCGCCGGAAAAGAGGUCGGAUCUUUUGUGCAGAGUAAAGUACUGUAACAGUUUGCCAGAUAUUCCGUUUGAUCCAAAGUUCCUGACCUUUCCGUUCGAGAGUAAACGAUUCGUCUCAUAUAAGAGUACGUCCCUUGAGGCUGGAUACAAAUAUGACCUGUUAACGGAACACGAUCUUGGAGUGACUAUCGAUCUGAUUAACCCUGACACGUACGCCCUACCGCCAGGUGAAGAUGUCACCUUGCAUCCUGAUGACGAGAAGAUUCUUGAGGAGGAGCCUAUUACGCCCGCCGACUCAAAGCGGUCACGACUUCACAACAUGGUCAUACCUUGGGUGAAAAAGACUGAAUACAUUGCCACUGAGUUUUCACGCUACGGACAGUCGGGCGUAAACACAGAAACGAAGGUAGGCUACAACGUUAAGAAGAUGUUCAACGAGAGAUCGCUUUAUAUGGACCGCGAAUCGCAGGUAGAGGCCAUAAACAAGACCUUCGAGGAGGCGCAAAAGCCGAUCACACAACACUAUUCGAAAGCGAAUGUUACGCCUGUCGAAGUUUUGCCAUUGUUCCCAGACUUCGAUCUGUGGAAAUUUCCUUUCGCGCAGGUCCUUUUCGACAAUGAGCCGGCUCCUAUCACACAGGCGGACGAGAUGUCUCAGGCGAUGAUUCGAGGUGUGAUGGAUGAGAGUGGAGAACAGUUUGUUGCAUACUUCAUGCCUACAGAAGAAACUUUGCGUAAACGCUCUGAAGAUCAUGAGGCGGGCGUAGAGUUUCGCGACGAAGAGGAAUAUGACUACAAGAUGACCCGCGAGUACAACUGGAACGUCAAAAAUAAAACAUCUACUGGCUACGAAGAAAAUUACUUCUUCGUAUUUCGACAAAAUGGUGUAUUCUACAACGAGCUUGAGACGAGAGUUCGUCUAAGUAAACGGCGACUCAAACCUGGCAUGGCGCCAAACAACUCGAAGCUUGUAGUGAAACACCGCGUUCUCAACGAGAAUGAGCACCGUCAACAGCAAAUGCGGCUAUCGCAGCUUGAACCGCCAGCUGAAGAAAGCGACGAAGACGACGACGACGAAGAUGAAGAGCAGGAAGAUGACGAUGAGGCAGAAGCUGAUGAGGGCGGGAUACAGCAGAGGGAUGGCGACGACAAAGAGGCCAACGAUGCUACUCAGCAUAAGGGCGACGAACGACCAGAUAAAGAAGACAAAGAGUCUGACAAGGAAAGCGUACGCAGUGGACAGAGCGGGCGUAGUGGCCGUAGCAGCCGCUCCAGUCGACAAUCUAGAGAUGCAUCGCGCUCACGUUCAAAAUCGCGAGGCUCGAGGUCGCGGAGUGAGUCCAGAUCUCGUUCAGGAUCGAAAAGCGCGUCGAGAUCGCGAUCAAGGUCGCAAUCCGCUGCGUCGAGAAGUCGCUCAAGGAGUCGGUCGGCUAGUGCAGGCGGUGGCAGCGCUAGAAGCCGGAGUCGUAGCGGAAGUGGCAGCCGCAAAAGCCGAAGUAGGUCUGAUUCGUCCUCAUCAGCCAGGAGCGGAGGAUCGGGCGGGUAUGGUAGUGGUUCCGACCGCGGAAGUGGACGGGAGAGAGGCGACAAGGAACAGAUAUUUGGUUCCAGUGGAUCAGAGAGUGAUUAAUGGCCUACAUACAAAAUUUUUCUGUGUAAAGUUUAAUGGAACACACAACUACAUAGUUGGAAUGCCGGCUUUUUCUGUACUCAUUGCCGGAUAAAGAAACACAGAACCGUGUGAAUAUGAAAGAAUCAGCAUCUUCUUUUACUGCGUGCCUAAAUUACGGUGUAGCCCUUCAAAUAACGCCGGCUGUAAUUCCUGAUUUAAGCUCCUAUAUAUACAUACGGGGGAAUUGACAAUGAUACCUUUGUACAAAAAGAAAAAAAUUACUAAAGAAUUAGGUAAAGCGCGUAAUGUAUAAACAAAAAAAGUUAUAUUACAGGUGUACUCAGGCCUAUAUAAGCUGUAAGAUAUGGCCGCGACCGUACUUUAAAAUUCGUUAUAUAUAAAUGAAUGCUGGUUGAAUUAUUAAUGCUAUGUUUACCAGUUAUAUUUUUCUUAUUAUUAUUAUCUAAUAAAGUAUACAAUGUACAUACAACAAACUCGCGUUAUUAGUAUUUUCCUCUCUUCUGCAACAAAUUGAAAUUUACUUUUUAACACCAGAGACGAUUAAAAUAAAAAAUAUACGUUUUUUUUUCCCAAUUUUAAAACUAUUCAUUACACACCUUCAUUUUAAGAUAACCUUGUUAUUUUAUAUUGUUAUGCGAUUUUACUCUACGGUCCAAAUAUCAAAGAAAUUACAAUAAUAUUGAAAUUUCCUACCUGAAGAAAACUGUUACAGCUUCAAAUCUUAAUAAAAACCU